CUUUAAUGACCACGUGAUAUUAAAGCUAAUCCCGAUUUGUAAAUUGAUCUUUCUGCGAUAUGGCGGGAUGGGAGCUAUGGUAUCAAAAGAUCUUGAUGAGUGGCCUUAUCACAUCAUGAAUACCCGAACACCGCCACAAAUAGCGCGGCAAGCCAUAUUGGCAUUUCGAGGAGUUCGUUACUCGUCAACUAAUGCCACACCUGAGUCCUCGUCAAUCAACGACCAACCUCCAAAGAACCCAACGCAGGAAGAGCCCACAAAUUCCGAACCGCUGAAACCUGGACAACAGAUCUACGUCUUCUAUCACCUUCAAAAGAAGAAUGUCGUAUACUCCUUCGAGAGAGCUUUACAUGUGAGAAGACCCUCAAUUUCAAUUGGCGCCCCAUAACGGCCCCAUACUUCUAUGACAACCAAAUACUAACAAAAACCAGAACGCCCACGCCCUCUCCCAAAUCUCAUUCAACGGCAAAAAGACUGUCCCGGCCGCCCUCCGAAAAGAUCUCUGGCACCCUCUCGCGACGCUCACAUUCCCCUCAUCCCCUGAAAUCGGUCGCUCCGUCUUCCAAAAACUGCGCGAAUAUCGUCGACGCCACGAACAAGAAUGGGACCCAGAGGACUUUGUAAAAAAAGACGACGAGGGAAAUCACAUCCCAUAUAGAAAGCAAUUACGCCAACUAGGCGAUCAGAAGGCCAACUCGAUCGCCGACAUCGCCGCCGUCUUGAGACGAUUAUCCUCAUCCUUCGCCACGGAAUCUGGAGAGGAGGAAGCAAAGGGAAAGAUUGGAUUGAUUGGGGAGGGAACAGGCGCCAAGGUGGAGGUGAAAUGGAGUGAAAUUUACGACAACGCGUUUGCAGAGAAAUGGAGCGAGAACGUAAAACAUUCAGUUCUAGAACCGUACGCCAACAACCGUGAUCCUGAGGGCACACGAGGCUACUCUAAGACACAGCAGCAGAAACGGGCAAGCGAAGCUAGCAUACGAGCGGAGAAGAAAAGAGCAAAACGUGUCAAGUACAGCGAUGUUAAGACGCGAUCUGGUAUCCAUGCCACACGGUAUAAAGCGCUUCCUCGCGAGGAGAAAAUGGAACUCAGGGAGAAAGUCAGGUUAGCAAGGGAACGAAAGAAGGAGCCGGAGUACAUUAAUAAGCAGGAGACAGUGGUAGUUGAAAAGUACAAUGUGAAGCAGAGAAUUCAGAGGGAUCCUAAGUUUGCUGCGUAUUGGCAAUCACUUAAUCCAAAGAGGAGGGAGGAGGCGAUUCGUGCGAGAACUAAGAGGCGGGCUAAGUCUUUGGCGAAGAAGGACGCGCGGGAGAUGAGAGAAAAGAUGGAGAAACUUAGGGUUUGAAGAUAGGCU